GUUAGUUCCCACGGUGCAGGCCACCUCUCUCCAAAUCAAAAAAUGGAUUCACGAUUCCAGCCUGAGGGAUUGACCUUCGACAUCAAGGACAACAACAACUUCAGCCCUAAUUUCGACAACAAUGGACCAAGCUACUCCCGCCCGCAUUCCGACCCGCGACCUGGUCUGUACCCCAUGCAGACUGGCCUCCCCUCCUCAGUCCGACCAGUCUCUCCUCCCCAACCAGUCCAGUAUGCACCCCAGACAUACCAGCCAGACAACAGGUACCCAAAUCAGAGCCCUCCACUUGAUAGCCGCAACCUGCCUAUGAACGUUCAGCAGCCCACGGACAUGCAACAGGGGAACCAGUACCCUCUUCAGUCUCAACAGACCACCCGGUCCAACACUUGGGUCCAGACGCCUGCAGGUCCUUACCCCACUGGCGAUGCUUACUUACCAGGAUCCGUAGAUGCCAACGGUUAUCCUAUUGACUCCAAAGGCAAAGAGGCAGAGAACCCAUUCAACGACCCUCCACCACGACCUCCUCCCAUGCCGACACCUCCGGCCUCUUUCGACCUUGAGAAGCAGAAGCACGAUGACGACCACGGCCAUGGAAACGGUUGGGACCACAACUCGAAGCUGCCACAUAGGAAGGAUCCAAAUCAGCCGUACAUGACAUUUGGCGAACGACUUCGCCAUUUCACAUGGGCCUGGUACACCCUGACCAUGGCCACGGGCGGUAUCUCAACACUGAUUGCUGUCCAGCCCCAUGCUUUCCCUGGCUUGAUCACCAUUGGCGCCGUCUUCUACAUCAUUAACCUGAUCUUCUUUACCGGCAUCACGGGAACCAUGGUUUUGCGAUUCACCAAAUUUCCUGGUGCUUUCAAGGGCUCUAUCACGCACGAGCGUGAGGCUUUGUUCUUGGGUCCUUUCUUCCUCUCAGUCGCCACCAUCAUCACUGGAACACAGAAGUACAUCAUCCAGGCUUAUGAGGUCGACCACCCCAAUCGCGCCUGGGCUAUCACCAGCAUGUCAGUCGCAUUCUGGCUUUACACCUUCUUCGCUUUCUGCCUGGCUGUCUUCCAAUACUCCUUCCUGUUCUGCGCGCACACCUACAAGUUGACCAGCUUCAUGCCCUCGUGGCUGCUACCUAUCUUCCCCAUCAUGCUGUCGGGAACCAUCGCUUCCGUCAUCGCUGCUGAUCAGCCUCUUUCAGCCAGGUAUCCCAUUAUUGUGGCUGGUCUUGGAUGUCAAGGUCUCGGGUUUACGGUUGCCAUUCUCAUGUACGCCCAUUACAUUGGUCGCCUUAUGCAGGUUGGCUACCCGGACCGCGAGCACCGUGGAGCCAUGUUCAUUGGAGUUGGCCCACCCUCUUUCACCUGCUUGGCGUUCAUUGGUAUGGCGAACGCUCUCCCUGAGGACUUCGAUCUGCAGGGCGACGGCCUCCUGGAUGGCAAACUCAUUCGCACUCUGGCUUUAGUUGCUGCUUUGUUUCUCUGGGUACUGGCUAUGUGGUUUUUCAUGAUUGCUCUCGUUGCUGUUAUCAACUCAUGGGCUGUCUACUUCCACUUGGGUUGGUGGGCCAUGGUUUUCCCCAACACCGGAUUUGCCAUCGCCACCAUCUCCAUCGGUAAUGCCCUGAAGGAUGAAACGAUUCUUUUUGUUGGUAAUGGCCUCUCUAUUGCCAUCAUUGCGAUGUGGUUCUUCGUGCUGUUCAAUCACGUACGAUCCGUAAUCGUCGGUGAUAUCCUCUAUCCCAUGAGGGACGAGGACGUCGCAGAUCACUAGAUCAAAUCAAGAGCACAUCACCAGAACUGCAAACACGUCACCAAAUUGCGCAAAUCCGGUGUUUCGCAGAGUGCACGACUACGUGUGUUGUGCUGACACCCAUCACAAGGUUUCCUAUUUUCCUUUCAUUCGCUCUUUCAGCCAGCAAACAAGCGUCACGCUGCAAUAGCAACAGACACUCCUUUAUACCCCAUGCUCCUGUUAUUACCCGCAUCUCAUUUUCUCACAAGUCGUCUGCAGGC